UCCCCUGCGCGAAGUGCCUUUGACACUCAUCUCUCGCUCCUCUCCUCUCUCUAUAAUAUCUCACCGGAGAAGGAGAGAUUUCGAUCGCCAUCGCCAGAUCUCUUCGGUUGUGCCGUCCGAUCUCUCUAUCUCUCUUUUUCUCUCUCUCAGCCAUCCCAGCCAUGGCUUGCCUAAAGGGUGCUUCGCGAUCUGCCUCGGUCGCCAUCUCUCCCGAUGCCCCCUACCUUGCAGCGGGUACGAUGGCCGGAGCCGUCGAUUUGGCCUUCAGUUCUUAUGCCAAUCUCGAGAUCUUCAAGCUCGACUUCCAGUCGGACGACCGUGAUCUCCCCGUCGUCGGAGAGUGCCCCAGCAGUGAGCGCUUCAACCGUCUGUCCUGGGGCAAGACCGGAUCUGCCACUGAGGAAUUCUCCUUGGGCCUCAUCGCUGGUGGCCUUGUCGAUGGCAACAUCAGUAUCUGGAAUCCGCUCUCUCUCAUCCGUUCACCAGACAUUAACAGUGCUCUUGUUGGACGUCUUCAGAAGCAUUCGGGACCUGUUCGUGGUUUGGAGUUCAACAUUCAUUCUCCAAAUCUACUUGCUUCUGGGGCUGAGGAAGGAGAACUUUGCAUAUGGGAUCUAUCAAAUCCAGUGGAACCUACUCACUUCCCAUCUCUGAAGGGUGUUGGAUCUGGUACUCAGGGUGAAGUUUCUUUCCUAUCAUGGAAUCACAAGGUUCAACAUAUUCUAGCGUCUACUUCUUACAAUGGAACGACGGUGGUUUGGGAUCUAAAACGGCAGAAACCAGUAAUAAGUUUUUCAGAUUCAAAUAGAAGGCGAUGCUCAGUUUUGCAGUGGAAUCCUGAUCUCGCCACCCAGCUUAUAGUUGCAUCCGAUGAUGACAGUUCACCUUCUUUGAGACUUUGGGACGUGAGGAACACAAUAUCACCGCUGAAAGAGUUCGUGGGGCACACAAAAGGUGUAAUUGCCAUGUCAUGGUGUCCUAAUGACAGCUCGUUUUUACUUACUUGUGCCAAAGAUAAUCGAACUAUUUGUUGGGACACAGUUACUGGGGAGAUAGUUUGUGAAUUGCCAGCCAGCACCAAUUGGAAUUUUGAUAUUCAUUGGUACCCAAAGAUACCUGGAGUAAUAUCAGCUUCUUCUUUUGAUGGGAAGAUCGGCAUUUAUAAUAUCGAGGCUUGCAGUAGGUUGGCAUUUGGAGAAGGCGACUUCACUGGCACAUUGUCAACUACAGGGUCUUCAGUGAAUUUGAGGGCCCCAAAGUGGUUGAAACGUCCAGUGGGGGCAUCUUUUGGUUUUGGAGGAAAGCUGGUUUCAUUUCGCCCUAGCUUAUCAACUGCAGGUGCUCCCUCUGGAAAUUCUGAGGUUUAUGUGCAUAAUAUAGUCACUGAACUUGGUUUAGUGAGCCGUUCCACUGAAUUUGAAGCUGCAGUACAAAAUGGGGAAAAGUCUUCAUUAAGGAUUUUAUGUGAUACAAAAUCUCAGGAGUCCAAAACAGAAGAUGACAGAGAAACAUGGGGUUUCUUGAAGGUUAUGUUUGAUGAUGAUGGGACAGCUAGGACGAAGCUACUCGCCCACCUUGGUUUCAGUGUUCCCACUGAAGGAGAUGAGAACUUACAAGAUGAACUUGUCCAGGAAAUAACUAACACUCUAAGUCUUGAUGAGAGGACCACAAACAAAGCAGCGUUGAUGGAUAGUGGAGAAGGCAGUUUAUUCACUACUGAUAAUGGGGAAGAUUUCUUUAACAACCUAGAGACCCCUAAAGCAGAUCCACGUUUUUCACUUUCUGGUGAUGACUUUAAAGUUGGUGGUGAUGUUAUACCCAAUGGAGAACAAGAAACGGAACUGCAAGAACUGGCAGAAAGCUCUGACUCAUUUGAUGAGGGAAUUCAAUGUGCUUUAGUUGUUGGAGACUACAAGGGAGCAGUUUCACAGUGCAUCUCCGCAAAUAGAAUGGCUGAUGCUUUAGUUAUAGCUCAUGUGGGUGGUGCUACCUUGUGGGAGAACACUCGUGAUCAGUAUCUUAAGAGAAGUCCUUCAUCUUACUUGAAGAUUGUCUCUGCAAUGGUGAACAAUGAUCUCAUGAACCUUGUUAAUACCAGGCCUCUGAACUCUUGGAAGGAAACACUUGCCCUUCUCUGCACGUUUGCACAAAAGGAGGAAUGGACUGUUCUGUGUGACACUCUGGCCUUGAGAUUGAUGGUUGCUGGUAAUACACUAGCUGCGACUAUCUGCUACAUCUGUGCUGGAAAUAUUGAAAAAACAGUAGCAAUUUGGUCACGGAGUCUGAACUCUGAGCAUGAGGGGAGAAGCUAUGUUGAUCUUCUCCAGGAUUUAAUGGAAAAGACAAUUAUCCUUGCUUUAGCAUCUGGACAGAAGCGACUUAGUGCAUCUUUAUCCAGGCUUGUAGGGAACUAUGCUGAACUGUUAGCUAGCCAAGGGCUUCUAACAACUGCAAUGGAGUAUUUGAAACUUCUGGGAUCAGAGGAAUCUUCUCAUGAACUUACUAUCUUACGAGAUCGCUUAGCUCUCUCUGCUGAAGAGAGAGAGGCAGCAAAAACGUCCCAUUUAGAUAAUGUUCAAACCCAAACAGACUCCAGUUACAGUCUAGGUCAAUCCAGGUUUGGUGUAGCUGAUGCCUCCCAGCAUUAUUAUCAGGAACAGUUGCCGCCGCAUCAGCAUCAUAAUGUCCAACACAGUCCUUAUGGUGACAGUUAUCAACAGCCACCCAAUGCUGUGUAUGGGGGAGGAUAUCAACCCAUGCAGCAGACACCACAGUUCCCAGAAUAUAUUACCCCUCAACCACUUCAGCCAACACAACCCCCCCAGAUGUUUGUCCCAACACAGGCACCUCAGGUUCCACCGACAACUUUUGCUCCAUCGCCUGUCUCCGCACAGCCUGCAGUGAGGCCCUUCAUUCCUUCAACACCACCUAUGCUAAAAAAUGUGGAGCAAUAUCAGCAGCCAACUUUGGGUUCUCAGCUGUACCCGGGAGUUUCUAACUCAGCAUAUCAACCUGGACCACCUGGAUCUGGUUCACUUGGUGCCGGUCCAUCUCCAGUGGGACCAGUUCCUGUCCACAAGUUGCCUCCUGUUAUGGCACCUACCCCGGCACCUAGGAGUUUCAUGCCAGUGACUAAUCCAGGGUUUGUUCAAAGACCUGGACUAGGUCCUGUCCAACCGUCUAGUCCCACCACCCAGCCAGCACCGGUACAAACAGUGGUGGCACCUCCAGCUCCUCCACCUACAGUGCAGACAGUUGAUACUUCGAAUGUUCCUGCUGAACUGAGGCCUGUCAUCACAACAUUGACAAGACUUUACAAUGAGACAUCAGAAGCACUUGGAGGUUCACGUGCAAAUCCAGCUAAAAAGCGUGAGAUCGAGGACAAUUCAAGGAAAAUUGGGGCACUAUUUGCAAAGCUUAACAGUGGAGACAUAUCUCCAAAUGCUGCCUCGAAGCUUGGCCAGCUCUGCCAAGCUCUAGACUCAGGGGAAUUUGCUGCUGCCCUACACAUCCAGGUGGUUCUGACAACAAGUGACUGGGAUGAGUGCAACUUCUGGCUUGCAGCUCUCAAACGAAUGAUCAAGACGAGGCAGAGCGUGAGAUUGAAUUAAGGUAGAAAUCCCUCAAAGCAGGACAAAUCUGUCCUAUUUUAUGCAGGAAUGGCAGUCUUCUGGUAUUGAACUCAUUUUUUCUGCUUGUACACAUGAGUGCCAAUUAUUCAGGUGAAUGAAUGGGUUAUGCUUUUCUUCUUCUUCUUCUUUGGGGUCUCGCCUAUAUCCUUAAUAACUUUUUGACUUCCCCCUUGUGCCCUUCUCAUGAUUUGUCUAAGCAGAGCCAUAAAUACAGUUUAGUCCCUUAACAGAGUUUGCAGGGCAUUGAGGAGUUUGCCUGUUGAUUAUUUCGGUCUAACAUUCAUCGCAGUGCAUUGAGGUGUAGAGUUGUCUUCUCCUUUUCUUCGGUUGCUUGUUCCAUGUUUUAUUUUGUAAUUUAAAUUAUUCAACAUAUUGACUUUUGAUCUCUAAACGCUGCAAAAUGCAUUGUUUGAACUUGCUUUAAAGCUGCAGUUCUACAUGCAUCAGGGGUAGCAAGGAGACAGCCCUUGUAUGGAAAUCUUCAUCAGUUUUUUCAGCCCUCCCACCUACAAAUCUGAGGGUUCAUUUGUCUUUUUACAAUUUUCUACUUAUUGGUGGUGAUUCUGAAUGCUGUUGUGCAGUUUCUGUGGCUUCAUUUUUCUUUUCUAUUUUAUGUAAAACCCCACCGCAGAUUAAUAAAAUAAUGCUACCAAAAAAACUAUUACCUA